AGAGAUUGUCGACAAGCGAAGACUACGUUCAAUGCCGUUAGAACAUGUCCUAUGUUCCCUUUCAAGAUGCGAGAUGUGCCGCCCCCCCCUCUUAUCGCCCCCAUGGCCCGCCCCUUGGUCCAUCCUACGACCGUCCUGGCUGGAACCCACGUCUUUGUGUGAUAUCCGGAAAUCAACUCUAUAUGUUAGACCAGGAGGAGGUUCACCCUCUCUUGAUGCGCGAACGGCGCUCCGAGUCGCAACGGAACAAGCUGCUGCGGCGGACGGUCAGCGUGCCUGUUGAGGGGAGACAACACCCCGAGAUCGAGCACGCUCGCGCCCGUCGAAAGAGCAUAGCCACCGGGAAACAGCCAAGCAUGGAGAUUCCUCCCACAGCCCCCCCUCAACCCUUCCGACAAUCCGUGAGUACCCCACCUUCCCGGCCUCCCUCCCUCCCUCCCUCCCUCUCUCUCUCCCUCCCUCCCCCCUUGCGUUCACCUGUCUCCCAUCAGGCCUGCCAGCAGUUCGCGGCCACCUCUUCGGUCCCUCAUUCCCUCCCCCUCACUCUUUCUCCUGCUUUCUCUCCCUCCUUCGCUGCCUCUCUCACUCCUUCCACCUCCCACUCCUGCUCUCGGCCCUGCAGACAGGCAGCGGGCACCCCUCCCCUCCCUCGUUCGCUGCCUUUCUCUUCCUCCCUCUCCUUCCCACUGCCUCCUUCAUCCUGCUCCUCCACCUCCUCCUCCCUCAUUCACUGGGCUGAUGACUGGAGGGUCGCAGGUUCAGAUCCAGGGCCAGGAAUCUGUGUUGCACCUCUGCCCUCUAUUGAGAGUUUUCUCAGUAGACGCUUGAAGGGCUCCAUCAAACGGGCCAAGAGCCAGCCCAAACUGGACCGUACCAGCAGCUUCCGCCAAAUGAUCCUGCCCCGCUUCCGCAGCGCCGAUCAGGACAGGACUCGCCUGAUGCAGAGCUUCAAGGAGUCCCACUCCCACGAGUCCUUGCUGUCCCCCAGCAGUGCAGCGGAGGCCCUGGACCUCACCCUGGAUGAGGAUGCCAUCAUUAAACCUGUCCACUCCAGCAUCCUGGGGCAGGAGUACUGCUUCGAGGUGACUACAGCUUCAGGGACCAAGUGCUUCGCCUGUCGCUCGGCUGCAGAGAGAGACAAAUGGAUCGAGAACCUACAGAGAGCUGUCAAACCCAACAAGGACAACAGCAGGAGGGUGGACAAUGUCCUGAAGCUGUGGAUCAUCGAGGCGCGGGAGCUGCCUGCUAAAAAGCGCUACUACUGCGAGCUGUGUCUGGAUGACAUGCUGUACGCCCGUACCACCAGCAAGCCCCGCACCGACACCGUCUUCUGGGGUGAGCACUUCGAGUUCAACAACCUGCCGGCAGUCCGCAACCUGCGCCUGCACCUCUACAAGGAGACGGACAAGAAGAGACGCAAGGAAAAGAGCACUUACCUCGGCCUGGUCAGCAUCCCCAUCUCCAGCAUCACCGGUCGGCAGUUUGUGGAGCAGUGGUAUCCCGUCAUCCAGCCCAGCGUCCUGGCCAAGGGAGGCGGUGUGGGGGGAGGCAAGAUCAUCAACGCCUCCCUGCGCCUCAAGGCCCGCUACCAGACCAUGAGCAUCCUUCCCAUGGAGCUGUACAAGGAGUUUGCCGAGUAUGUCACCAACAACUACCGCACCCUGUGUGCUGUGCUGGAGCCCCUGCUGAGCGUCAAGAGCAAAGAGGAGGUGGCCUGUGCUCUGGUGCACAUUCUGCAGAGCACGGGGAAGGCCAAGGACUUCCUGUCAGACAUGGCGAUGUGUGAGGUAGACAGAUUCAUUGACCGGGAACAUCUCAUAUUCAGAGAGAACACUCUGGCCACCAAAGCCAUAGAAGAGUACCUCAAGCUGAUUGGACACAAGUACCUCAAGGAUGCCAUUGGUGAGUUCAUCAGAGCCUUGUACGAAUCAGAGGAGAACUGUGAGGUUGACCCCAUGAGGACUCCGCCUUCUGUCCUCCCCGACCAUCAAGCCAAUCUGCGCAUGUGCUGCGAGCUGGCACUCUGCAAGAUCGUCAACUCCCAUUGCGUGUUCCCACGGGAGCUGAAGGAGGUUUUCGCUUCCUGGAGGGUUCGCUGUGCAGAGAGAGGGAGAGAGGACAUUGCAGACCGCCUCAUCAGCAACUCCCUGUUCCUGCGCUUCCUGUGCCCGGCUGUCAUGUCCCCCUCCCUGUUCAACCUGACCCAGGAGUACCCGGAUGAGCAGACCUCCCGCACCCUCACACUCAUCGCCAAGGUGGUGCAGAACCUGGCCAACUUCUCCAAGUUUGGCAGUAAAGAAGAGUACAUGUGGUUUAUGAACGAGUUCCUGGAGAUGGAGUGGGGCUCCAUGCAGCAGUUUCUGUACGAGAUCUCCAACUUGGACAGCAUGACCAACGCAGGGGGCUUUGAGGGCUACAUCGACCUGGGCCGGGAGCUGUCUAUCCUGCACAGUCUGCUGUGGGAAGUCAUGGCUCAGCUCAGUAAGGAUGCUAUAAUCAAACUGGGCCCUUUGCCGCGCCUUCUGAAUGACAUCAGCAUGGCCCUGCGGAACCCUCAUUUGCAGAGGCAGCCCAGCCAGCAGAUGGACAGGCCGCCCCCUGACAGACACACGGAAAGGCUGCUCUCCCGUCCCAGCUUCACCCGGGGCUUGUCCUCGGACUACCAGAGCUUCAUGAUGAGGGACCUCAACAGUUCGAUAGACAUGACUCGACUGCCUUCACCUACCUCCGGUCUCUCCAGUGGGGGGGUCAUGCCAUCGCGGGCGGGUAUGGGGGGCUUCGCGGACCGGGAUCACCAGCAUCGGGCCUCUAAAGACGUAUUCUACGUGACCCGCCCCCCCUUGGCCCGAUCCAGCCCGGCCUACUGUACGAGCAGCUCUGACAUCACUGAGCCAGACCCAAAGGACCCUAGAAUGAACAGUAUCUCUAACCUACAGUCUGUGGGCGACAUGCUCAACUCCUCCCAAGCCUCCAUCUCCGGUCUGGGCAGCUACGGGGGGCUGGGGGGCCUCGGGAGCGGCCUUGGGGGGCCGCUGCGCGCGGGGGGACGCCUGUCCGCCGGCUCGGGGGGGUCCAGCAUGUCCGGCGGCCUGCGGCUGAGCCAGAUGGGGACCACCACGGACUCCCUCUCCCAGCAGCAGCAGGCAGCUGCCCUCCGCUACCCGCUGUCCUUCCAAAACCCCCUCUUCCACAUGGCCGCUGACGGUCCCCAGCUGCACCAUCAGCACAGCCGCGCCCAGCCGCCCCCGCCCCUCCUCCUGGCCCCCGAGCCGGAGGGCAUGCACCCCUCCUACAUCCCCGCCUUCGGGCACGGGGGCUUCUCCCGCAGUGAGGACCUCUCCACGCUCAGGCCCGGGGCCAACCUGGGCCAGCCCAGCAUCAUCCACUCGCACAGCUACAGCGACGACUACACCCGGCACAACCAGGCCGACUAUGGCCGCCGGCAGCUGUCCGUCCACAUGCAGCAGCAGCAGCAUCUUGGCACCUCCCAUUCCUCCUUGGCCACGCCUCCUUCCACCGUGCAGCCAGUCCGGCAGAGCUCCGUGGCUCCUCCCCCUCAGCGUGUCAAAUCACAGGCAUCCCACCAGCUUUCAGUCAGUUCAGCUGCCGCCCCAGCACCCCCAGCUAAGGUGCGCCCACCCAGUGGAAAUCUCCUACAAUCCCCGGAGUCUGGCUUUGGGGGCCGGCAGGCACCACGGCAACAGCUGUCAGUCAAGGACAGCCCCGCCCCUGGUCUGCCGCACCAGCAGAGUUCAGUCAGAGAGAGCCAGGCCCCCCCUGGACCGCAGGGCGGAGCUCCACAGACCCCACAGCAAUCGCAGCAACAACAGCCUCAACAGCAGCACUUACUGAAGCCCUCUAUCAGCAAACAGGGUUCUCAGUCGCCUUCAACCCUAACCCCCACCCCUGCUUCAGAACGAACUGUAGCUUGGGUAUCAAACAUGCCUCAUCUCUCCGCUGACAUUGAGAGGUCACGCAUCGACCGGGAGGAAUUCAAACUCAAAGAGUACUCAAAGAGCAUGGACGAAUCGCGUCUAGAAAGGGUGAAGGAGUACGAGGAGGAGAUCCAUUCUCUGAAGGAGCGGCUCAUGAUGUCCCACCGUAAGCUGGAGGAGUAUGAGAGGCGGCUCCUCUCCCAGGAGCAGCAGACCAGCAAGAUCCUCCUGCAGUACCAGAACCGGCUGGAGGACAGCGAGCGCCGCCUGAGACAGCAGCAGGCCGAGAAAGACUCCCAAAUUAAAGGAAUAAUCAGCAGACUUAUGGCUGUUGAAGAUGAGUUGAGGGGUGGGGCUGUUACUGAUCUCAAGCCCAGAAUGUUCGCAGACCAGGAGGAGCAGUUUUCCUCCCUGGGUUCUUCAGACCCCGGUGUGAAUGCAGGAGGAGGAGAAAUGACCAUCCUUCCUGGCUCUGGAGUCUCUUCUUCGGGUGUCUCCUCCGCCAGCUCCCCCUGGAAUGGAGUCCUCCCCUCACCCUUAACUCCUCCUCCUAUCCCCCCUCCUCGUCUGCACCUCAACCAGAAUGGAGAGCUUGGCGGCAUCCAAACGUCCUCCCCAGUGACAGCCGCCAUAUCCCCUGGGACCACGGCAACAACAAGAACAGGAGGGGGAGCAGCCAUUCACAAAGCGUCGAUGAAGCCAAUCUGGAACCUGAUUGGCUGAUGCAGAGUGGACAGACAUCAGAUUGGCCCGGCCUUAAUCCAGGAGGCCACCCCCGCCAUCCGAUUGGCUGACAGAGGGGGAAAGCGGGACAAGGGAUGUGCACAGCUCCUGUACCCGCCACAUAUUGGAUGCUCCACAAUCAUGGAUGAUCCUGCAAGAAGCUAUGUCAUUGGAGGAUUCAGAUCAAAGGGGUGUCCCUCUUUACUUGUGCUCUCUCUCUCUCUCUGAUUGACUGAUUGGCAAGACUUUUUUGUAUUUGACAGCUGUGGUUGGAUAUUUAUUUUCUUCAAAGACAAUAAGCACUUAUCUGCCUAUAUGUUGUGAUGGCUCAAUAAGUAUGAGGACAAAAGCUUCCUGGUUGGCAGUUUGUUUAACCCAUUGUGUUUUCAAUAUUUAUGGGGAAAUAAGAACCAACAGAGAAAGGGAUAGAUUGGAUUUAUUUAUUUUACAUUUCCCCAUGGUUUUCCUUAUUUCUCCACAAUCAGUUGUACUUAAACCUUCUUUCUAAGUGACAUCAUCCUAUCACAUUUCCAUUUAUCACUUAUUUCUAAAGUUUGCUUUGCCUUUUGCCUGUUUACUCUCCCUGUUCUAUUCCUUAUAUUAAUUUCCUCUUUAUCCAUAUUCUAAGUUUCCAUAAUAUCUCUCCCUCUUUAUAAUUUAUUCCUGUCCUUAGUAGUUCAGUCCUUGCUCCUUAUCUCUGUGUCUUUCAUUCAGAUGAAACUUUAAAUAUGCACUGCCUCAAUACAAUAUAAACUGAAUAAAUAAGUUUGGUUCCAGUGAAAACCUUGGGAGCUGGAAAUAAUGGACUUACUAUAAUUUAUAUUUUUACCAUUAUGAUACCUUGCGCUACUUGAACACUUAUCUAUUGAGAAGGACUCCCAAAUGCAUAUAAAUACUUCUUGAUAAUGCCACAGUAAGGAGUUCUAAUAAGAAAUUAAUCUGUUUUUAAAAACGACAAAUUUCUCAUGUGACAAUCUCUUGGGACAUUUUUUGUGGAUGUUCAUUUUCCUGGGAUUUAAAUGAAAUGCAAAACUUGUUAUUCCUGCUCCCCACUCUUCAGCGAUUUGGACAUUGCCGUGACUCAAAGCCCUUCCUUCCACUUUGUCUGGUUGCCUGACAGAGAGGUGGGUGGGUCAGCUUUCUUAAAAAUCGCUGUGGAGCUCUUCAUUUGCGGACGAUCACAGACUACAUAGAAGAGAACAACUGUUAUGUUAACUUCUCUGCCCCUUCCUUGUUUGUUUUGCUUCUUGAUAUGAUGUGCUAUACUGGGCAGCUACUGUAGCUGGUUAAUCAGUUGAUCGGUGCAAUGAUGAGACAACUAUUGGGAGCUGAGUUUAUGUCUCUUUUCACAUUGAGUUCCCUGUGUGGACUUUAUUGAUAUGAGGAUGGGAUUAUUCCUCUAAUUCCCUCUCUUUUUUACACCACUGGGGGAAAAAGAGAUCAAAAAUGCAUAGAGAUUUAAAAUUGACUUUGUUUAAGUGAGUGAAUGUAUGUGUGUAUAUAUGGUGUGUGUAUAUUCUUUGUGUAUAUACAGGAUGUGUGUGUACAUAAGGUAUGUCUACGUGUAUAUACGGUGUGUUUGUAUGUAUGCGAUCAGUGUGUGUACAUAGAGAGUGUGUGUUUUCUCUCCUCUCUCUACCCCCUUCUAUCUCUGAGCAUACGCAUGUUGAAAAACAGGGUGAGAACAUCUCUACAUUGCAGGGAUGCUGGGAGACAGGCAGAUCAAACCAGACAUACUAUAGGACAGGCAUCCUGGAAGCAGGUUUACUACAGAGACCGGAUAUAAAGAAGGGAGGAAAUGUGUCUCUGAUACAUGCAUACUGUCUCAAACACACAUGCACACACCCACAAACACCUGUUCUUUCCAUAUUUCUCUCUUGCACUCAUUUCGUCACUGAUGGAGGCAUUUUGGAGUGAUUUUGAUGUGACCUAGCAAUGUGUGUAUAUAUAGAGUAUACUACUAUUUCCAGUUACCACAAUCUUCAUAAAUAUUACUAAUUCCUAUUACUAUUAUGAUUCUUCCUGGUUUGUUGAUCUUCAGUUAUAUUCCUGAAUUCUGUGUUUGCUGGGGUUGUACUUCAGAUUUAUUUAACUUAUUUACACAGAUAACCCCUUGUUUUUCAGAUCUUGUUCCCCGAACGCUGCCCCUCUUAGCUCUGCCCAUGUUUUGUUAUGCUGGGUUUCAGUUUGUACAGAUCAUCAUAAUAGCUGCUAAGCAACUCAAAUUCAUCACCAACCUUUUGCUAUCCUGUCUUUUAACAUGUACAGAGCUCCUAUUAUAUCCUAAUGCCAUGUAAUAAGUCAGCUUAACCAUAUACAUCAUAUUCCAUUCCCACAAGAAACAUACCCCCUUGACAAGCCAUAACUUCCCCGACCCUUCUAUUUUGUUGGUUUUUAAAUGGACAGACAUUCGGGGAUCGACUUUGUAUAUAUCAGUGGAAAGAGUGAAUAUUGAAAUGUGCAUUGCACUAUACAUGGAUUUGUUAUGAAUGUGGAUAUUCUUAUUAUUAUAAUAAUAAUGAUAAUGACAGUGAUGAUGAUGAGGAUGAUGAUGAUAAUGAUUAUGAUUAUUAUUAUCAUUAUUAUUAUUAUUAUUACAUUAAUUUUAUUGAGCAAUUUCUUUGAGAUGGUUCAUGCCAAUUUCUUCAUUUCUUUUUUGAAUAAGCAGGAGUUUAUAUUUUUCAGGUGGGAGAAUCCUGGAGAUAGAAAUAAAUGAAUAAUUGAAUACGUAAAUAAAUAAACAAAUAAUUUAAUUCUUAA